AUGGAAGUCAAUCUCCCUGCUACAACUCCAUAUUCAAGAACAGCUCUUCAACAGGCAGCGGAGAGUGGUAACGUCGAUAUAGUGAAUCGACUGCUUCAAGCUGGUGCAGAUGUUAACCAGGCUCCGGCGGACUGGGCAGGAGUAACUGCGCUUCAGGCUGCAGCAAUUGGAGGUUUCUUGGGAAUCGCUAGCAAGCUCUUAGAGCUGGGCGCGGAUGUCAAUGCAUGUGGAGCAGAAAAUGAUGGGAGAACAGCCCUUGAAGGUGCCGCGGAGCACGGCAGGAUUGACAUGGUCCAGCUUCUGCUCAAUGCUGGAGCAGAUGUGUCAGGCACCCCAUUUGGAACCAAACAGUACGAGAACGCGGUAAAGUUCGCAAAGGAACAAGGGUACGAUGCGGUAGCGAGGCUUCUUAUCCGGCACCGGGAGAGUCUAGGAUAG